CAUCAUGCACGCUCGCCCUUCUGCUUAGACGACGCAACAUCUGCUGCUACAUUUCUCGACUGCUACGCCACAACAACCUUCUCUCACGACGUCAGUCAUGAAGCGAAUUCCGAUAAACGAGUUCUCGGAUCCGCGGCCCAGCAAGCGCCCGAGAAUAGACGCAACUGCACGGCAUACCCCAACGAAGUCAUCUCCAUCCUGCUUCCCUACCCCAGAUGGCUUCAUCACGUCGAGCAAGUCGAGCAAGCGGCCGAAAGCGCGCAUAUACUCGGAAGGCUUCCAAUCGAGCUUCGCUACUAGCUCUAGCGCCAACAAAGAACAGUGCUCUGCGAGAAAGCUACCUUUACCGCUACCCCCACCUCCUUUCCCCUCAACUCCGCCGUCGAAGCGGAAGACGCUGCAACCGCUGAAGCCGUCUUCGCUGGUCAACCCUUUCCAUCGGACGAAUGAUACCCUUCCGUCUCCUGCAACAUCUAGCAAAAAGCCACGCUCGCGCGUCGUGGAUUUGCGAUGUCAAACGCCGAUCAAGUCCGCCCCAAACUUGCACCUACCCAACUUCACUACGCUAACAACCAACACAACCACUCCGCGUCGUCCACCGCCCCUUCCUCCUCCCGUCUCCGCGGCGAAACCGACACCAAAACUCAGACCUGCAGUGGCGCCACCCUUACCCGCACCGAAGACGCCUCCCAAGUUCACGAAGACGAUUCUGACCACAAAUGUCGCGAAGGCGACCGAGUUUGGGACGGAGGCGGGGAACGCGGAGGUGGCGUCGUUGAUGCUGCAGUCGCAUGCGGUGGUCCCGGUGCUGCCGCUGAGUGAGGAGGAGCGCGGGCUGUAUCGGAGUCCGUCGAAGAAGGAUGGGGUGAGGCCUGAGAGGCAUGUUCCAGGCGGGUUGGCUGCACGGGCGGCAUCGCUCAUUGCGAGCACGCAGUCAGCGGUGGCAUUGUGGCAGACAGAUAUGGACAGGCAGAUCACCGGCAGUGCUAAGUCGGCGCCCUUGCGCAAGCCGGUGUCAGCUCUGAGUAGACCGCUAUUUGCUCUGGAGAAGGCGGCACUGUCAACGCCGGUCAAGGGGCUGUCGACGCCAAGGAAACCAUCGUCGACCUCGGCCAAGGCCGACUCUACCACACGAAGGUCUGUGGGUACGCCUGCCAAACCAUUGUCUACGCCAGUCAAACCACAUUCCACUUCGGCGCUGAAGACGCCUUCGACCUCUGCCACAUCUCCCUCUGCCGCCAUUCAACCCCCAUCUGCUACCACCAAGAAGCCCCAACCACGCUUGCACCCCGACCUCCGUCUGCGCAUCAAGCGCAUCGUGCGCGCCCCAGAGCCGUCGAAGGGCGCCUACGCGGGGAACGUGCCGGACAAGUGGAGCGCGGGAAUCGCGGUUUGUGAGGUGGUGGAGGGAGUGGAAAAGGGGGAAGGGAAGGGGAAAGAGACGGUACACGUUCACAAGAAGCGUAAACGUGGAUUCUCUCUCUCACGCGAAGCCUCGACCUCGCAUGGGACCACGGCGAACUCGCACAGGUCUGCAACGAACUCUUCAAAGACCUCCACCCCCAACCUCCUUACCGCCGUCCUCGCCUUCGACGCGCGCGAGCGCGCGUACGACGCCAAGCACCAAGCGACCGCGUACGAUGCCAAACGGCAGGCGGCGCGCGAGGUGCGGAUGCGCGAGGCGACGCGCGCCGUGGUGAGGGAGGCGGCGGCGUUCGAGGUGGGGAGGGAGGUGUGGGUGUGGAAGCCGUUUGGGGAGGCGAGGGGGGAGGGGCGGGGGAUGGAUGGGGAAGCGGAAGGAGCGGGUGGAGGGAGGAAGUCAGGUCAGCUACCUGCUAGACCGCCGGUGCGCAAGCCCCAGCCGCCACCAUUCGGGUUUUCGAGCCAGAGCGAGGGGAGUCAGGGGUCAAGUCAGGUGCAGUCGAGUCAGGGAAAGGAGGAAGAAGAGGAAAAGGGCGAGGAAGGGGUUGGAGAAGAGAUGAUACCCGACAGAACGGUGUUCUGCACGCGGUUUGUCAUCUUGCCGGAUCCGAGGAGGAUGGCUGGGGACGGGUAGUGCUCGAUGCAG